UCGAUCAGCAAACAUUCGCCAGUGAAACCAUCCACCAGCAACAUGAAAGUGAUCAGCCUGUGCCUUCUGGUUGUGGCCUCGGCCAGCUUCAUCCUGACCACCGCCAACGCCAAUGCUGUGGGAAACUUCGAGGACUUCGAGGCCUUCACCGAUGUCGAGCUUGAGGAGCUGAUCGCCGAGGAGAUGCUGGACCAGGAGAACGACUUCAUGGACGUCGAGCAGCAUGGCUUCGUCAGCGGCUGCCGUAAGGUUUUGUGGGCUGGCUUCAAGGGCAUCAACGGCACCAAGUGCAUCGUCGAGGAGGUGGCCGAGGUGCUGCUGACCUGCACCAGGUACGUGGACGCCGUCACUUCCUGCACCGGCGCCAUUCCCCAGGACGUCCAGGCCAUGUUGGCGACUGUCAAGAAGAUGAUCGGCACCGGCAACCAGAUCAUCAACUUGAAGUCCCAGCUCUGCGCCAGCAACUCCACCUCCACCAGGGGCGCCGUGUCCUCCACCAAGAACUUCUUCCACUGCACCUUCAAGACCUUCUGCGCCACCAUGUCCAUGGUGCGUAGCAUGAACGUGGUGAUCAAGCAGGCCAGCCGCCUGCCCCCCAAAACCGCCGCCUGCUACGUCUCGGCCACCAAGGACGUGGUCGCUGGCUGCAACGCGUUCGUACCCAACAUCAACACCUGCAUCGCCCACAUGACGUAAGCGGGUGUCCACAGGUUGGCAAUAAAAUAUGAGAUUAUGAGCAAA